AUGGAUCAGCCCACAGAUUUGUCUGAAUCUAUUGAUUUUAAUAUCCCAGACGAAUCUCCAAUAGCAAGUGGAGAUGAGAAUUUAAAAAAUAGUGAGCUCUUUGUGUUGACUAUUGAAAUAGGAAAUGAAAAGCAAGUUAAUUUAGUAGUCCAUUCAAAUGACGAUCCUGAAAUUAUUGCCAAAAAAUUUGCCGCCAGCCACAACCUAAACAAAACAUUUGAAUUAUCAUUGGCAAAUAUAAUUAAAUCUAACAAAGAACUGGUUGAAAAUCGCGUUACCUCGACUUCACCAGAUUCUGCAUUGCUAGCAGAGUUUCUCUCAACCCCUACAAAACCGUCUCCACAGGCUGUAAACACUAAUAAAAUGCUUAUUAAUAAAAAACACACUCCAAAAAUUGAUAAAAAAUCAGAUGAAAUUGCUAAAAAAUUACCAAAGCAAAAUGUAUAUACUCGAUUGUACAAAAAGAUUCAAAAAACUCCAAUUCUAUCUCCUUCUCCAGAUACGACGUUUAAAGCUCGACCGUCAUCAGCAAACCAUGGAGAGUGACUUUACGUAAAUGGUCUCCGGAAAAAGGAAGAAUUAAAAAAAAAACGCUGACUCCCCCCCCCCCCUCCGUGAGCGAACAAAAAACCCAUUAGAAAAAUCGCCAUUUUUUGACCAAAAAACCCACCCUCCGUGAGUGAACAAAAAUUUUUUUAAUAGAAAAAAUUUUAAUGGAAAAAAAUUUUGAUAUAUAAGUGAUAAUUAGUAUAAUGAAAUCUAGAGCUAAUUCUGUUUAAUUUUAAACAAAUUGCGUUUUAAAACAUAAAUUUUGCAAAUUAAAUUAAUAUUUGCUUCCCAAUUUUUGCAAAAUUAGGAUUGUUUUAAAUUUCGAAAAAAAUAUUUUUUAUAAAAUUUAUAUAUAAAUUUUUUUUAAAAAAAAAAUUAACCCCCCUCCGUGAGCGAACAAAAUUUUUUUGUUCGCUGAGAAAAUAAAACAUAAACUAGAAGAAGAAAAAGUAAGCGAAAGCACGUUUAAACCUAAAAUCAAUAAGAAUUCAACGCUUAUGGUUCCUAGAAACUAUGAAAAAACUGAAGAUUUGCUUAUUAAUAAAGCAAAAGACUACCAAAUAAAGCUAAACACUCUAAGACAAGAUGUUUUGAAGGAAGAACUGAAAGAAUGCUCUUUUUCUCCAAGAAUCAUUGAAACAAUUGCAACUAAAAAUCGUAUCGUGGGCAAAGAUUAUUUGUAUAAAGAAGCUGAGAUAAAGCGAUCGAGGAGCAAGUCAAGUUCCGAAAAAUCAAUUUCUCUGAAUAGUCCCAGAAUAAGCCAAAAAUCUGCUUCAAACAGUAGAGAAGAAGUAUUCGGCAGACUUUAUAAUUUGAGAUUCACAAUUGAUGCCAAAAUACAGCAUCUAAGACAUAAAUCGGAUGUCUCAGUUGACAAAGCUACAGGACAAGAGCUUUUUCAUCCUCAUGUUAAGUCUACAUCAAAAGAAAGAGGAGAUUCUAGUGUCCCUAUUUGGGAGCACCUAUAUUCCCAAAGAGACAAGCAUUUAAAUAUGAUUGAUAAAGCAAAUGAGCAGACAAAUGAGUUUUGAAAAGCCACAGCAAUGGCACAAAAAUCUAGUGAAAAUUCCAAAGCAAUUUAUAAGCAAUUCAAAGAGAAACAGUAUGAAAAAUUAUUUAACAUACUGGACUCAGAUAGAGAUGGACAUAUUUCUUCUGAGCAUAUAAAUAAAGAAAAUUUAGAUCAAAAAAUUAUGCAUAUUUUAACUCCAUUUUUCACUGAUUUAGAUUGUAGUAAUGAGGUAUUGAAUUUUCACAAAUUUAUAGCAAAGCUUGAAGAUUUUAUGAAGCAAAUGACAAUUGAAGAAAGGGCUCAGAUAUUUAAAAGAGAAACCAAAGUUGAGCUUGAAAAAACAGAAAAAAAAUCAUUUAUCAGCUUAGGAUCAGGUAAAAUUAUGGCAAAAAGCAGGACGUCCAGAAGCCAAGACUUUUAUGAAAGACUGAUGAACACUUCUAACUCCCCCCAUCCUUGAUCGAACGAUUGACUGUAAAAAUUCCUAAAAAUUGGGGAAAUUAACCCCCAUCCUUGAUCGAACGAUUUUCAUAUCAUGCAGAUUUUUAUAUAUAUAAAAAAUAUAUUAGUUAUCAAAAGCUUGGGAGAUGUACCUAAUAAAGUUGUUUUCAGAGCUUUGAGACGACAAAAGCUACGGAAUCAAUCAUCCGAAGUGAUUUAGUUAUACCUAGGCUUAAAAACUCAAUAAUCUAAUAAAAUAGAGAUUCUUUAAAAUUUAAAAAAAAAAAAUUAAUCCAAUAAGGAACAAAUUAAAAUUUAUACAGUUUAAAAGGGUAACUAAUAAAUAAAAAUAUUAAAAAUUGGUAUUUUUCUGAAAUUAAUUCAAUUUUUUGCUGUAAAAAUAAUUAUUAAAUGCUCUUAACCCUCUUAUUUAAAAGUAAAUAAAAAUAUAUAUAUAAAAUUUUUUUAACCCCCAUCCUUGAUCGAACGAUGGCGAGUCGUUUGAUCAAGGGGGAGGGGAGUAAGCUAAAAGAUGACAAAAUAAAAAAAUUAAAAGAAGUGAAAAUAAAUGAAGAAAUGAAUAAGUGUACAUUCAAACCAGUAUUUAUUAGUAAAUCCAAUAAAUAG